AUGACCAUAGCAGCGGCAGCAAAUGCAUUAGCUUUCAAUUCCGGCACUUCAAAAAGUGACAAUGUAAACAUUAUUUAUCGUGAACUGUUGCGGAAGGAAUUUUUUGGCAAACGCAGUACGAAGGGAGUUGACAAUAAGCAAAAAGUCGCCACCAUUCCCGUAACUCCUGAACUAGGCUCAUUGAUUGUUGCUCAAAUAAAGGCAAGGAUUCAUACUGAUAUUACAACCAAGCUGUCCGCUUCAUUGUCUCAAAAAGUAAAAGCAAGCUUAGACAUUAAGGUUACCGCUAUGGGAGGCUUUGUAAAAGUUGGGCAUGCAGAAAUUGAUGCAAUUCAAACAGCAGCAGUGGAGGGAUUGAAAUCACGGAUCUCAACAACAAUUAACGAGAAGUUUGAUCAGAUACUCUCAGAUACAGUAACACCUCAAGUAGAACAACUGUCCUCGUUCCCCUCAGCAGAAAAUCAGAAGGCGAUAUCUGUACGUGUCGUAGAGCCGAUUCUAAUUCAUGCCGAGACAAUUGCGCGUAGUGAACUAAAGAUGGCGCUUCCGGAAAUACGUAAAACAUUAAAGAAACGUAUCGACGCUCAGCUAAACGCACAAAUCAAAAAUCUUGAAGUUGAUAUCCCUGGUGUUUUGAAAAUUCAGAUCAAUGCAAAUGUUAACGUGACAUCUUCCAUUGGAAUGAUUAUCGAGAAUGUAUAUAGGUCUUACGCUGACGUCAGUAUCGCUGUAGCCGUAAAAUCUUAUAUAAAAGGGCUCCAAGAAGGAUAUGCCAAGUGA